ACCACGUGACCUGCCACAGUCUCCAGUGAGUGUUAUACGUUCGUUGACAAUGAGUUUUUAAAACAUAUAAAUCAUUUUUUUAUUAUUAUUAUUUUAAAUGUAUUUUAAAAUCCAAGUUAAGGCGGUGGAAGCAGCAGACGAGCGACACUCCGCACAUUCUGUUCUUUCCACGGCUCGCCCCAUUUUCGCGCGGAGAGUCACCUGCGGGGCGCUGAGUGUCUGAAGCCGUUGGCUGCGGCUGUGUCCCCGCUCGCUGGAAGCCGCACCGCGCUCGGCCGCCUUUCCCCGUCAGCUCUCCGACUUCUCCGCGGUCUCAGAACGCGUGUGAGCGUAUAAACACCAUGCAUCUUGUGGGGGAAUGUAGCGAGCCGACCGCCGUGCCCGAACAGGCUCCAUAGACUAGAGCACCCAGCGAAGAAAAUCGGAUCCUCCGCGAGGACACAGAUUCAUUCCGCACGAGACGAGAGAGGCAGGCAGCGCAGCCCAGCACCGCGACCGUAAAGCUGAAGAAAUGUCCUGUCUAGUGCCAUGACGUUGACUGUCAACAUCUAAACAUCGCUUGGUCACAUGGUACUCCGACUCUUGGACAGUCUUCAUAUAAACUUUCUGUUGUGGAAACUGCAGAGUUAAUACUGUGGCUCGCGUCCUCUGUGCUGACCUCAUGGUGUAACCACGAGUAAAGAUGAGCAUAAGCAGUGAUGAGGUCAACUUCCUCGUUUACAGAUACCUGCAGGAGUCUGGCUUCUCCCAUUCAGCGUUCACGUUUGGUAUAGAGAGCCACAUCAGCCAGUCGAACAUCAACGGCGCCCUGGUGCCCCCUGCUGCUCUCAUCUCCAUCAUACAGAAGGGCCUGCAGUACGUGGAGGCAGAAGUCAGCAUCAACGAGGAUGGCACCCUGUUUGACGGCCGGCCGAUCGAAUCGCUCUCGCUUAUUGAUGCAGUGAUGCCCGACGUGGUGCAGACGCGACAGCAGGCCUACCGGGAUAAGCUGGCCCAGCAACAGGCCGCUGCAGCACCCCCUGCUGCCACCAGCUUGCAGGGCAGCGCUAAGAAUGGCGAGAGCACCACCAACGGCGAGGAGAAUGGGGCUCACACCUUAGCAAACAACCAUGCCGACAUGAUGGAGGUGGAUGGUGAUGUGGAGAUCCCGCAGAACAAAGCCAUGGUGCUACGUGGCCACGAGUCAGAGGUUUUCAUCUGCGCCUGGAAUCCUGUCAGUGACCUCCUCGCCUCUGGGUCCGGGGACUCGACGGCUCGCAUCUGGAACCUGAGCGAGAACAGUAGCAGCGGCUCCACGCAGCUCGUGCUGCGGCACUGCAUACGAGAAGGAGGGCAGGAUGUGCCGAGCAACAAGGACGUCACGUCACUAGACUGGAAUAGUGAAGGCACACUACUAGCAACUGGCUCUUAUGAUGGAUUUGCAAGAAUAUGGACGAAAGAUGGUAAUCUUGCCAGUACCUUGGGUCAGCACAAGGGUCCUAUUUUUGCCUUGAAGUGGAAUAAAAAAGGAAAUUUCAUUCUCAGUGCUGGUGUUGAUAAGACCACAAUCAUUUGGGAUGCUCACACCGGAGAAGCAAAGCAACAGUUUCCCUUUCAUUCAGCUCCUGCACUGGAUGUGGACUGGCAAAGUAACAACACGUUUGCUUCGUGCAGCACUGAUAUGUGUAUCCACGUGUGUAAACUUGGCCAGGACAGACCCAUCAAGACAUUCCAGGGGCACACAAAUGAAGUGAAUGCAAUCAAGUGGGAUCCGACUGGCAAUCUACUGGCAUCCUGUUCGGAUGACAUGACCCUGAAGAUCUGGAGUAUGAAACAAGACACCUGUGUUCAUGAUUUGCAAGCGCACAGCAAAGAAAUUUAUACUAUUAAAUGGAGUCCCACUGGGCCUGGAACCAACAACCCUAAUGCCAACCUUAUGCUUGCCAGUGCGUCCUUCGACUCGACUGUUCGACUGUGGGAUGUCGACCGAGGGAUCUGCAUCCACACAUUGACCAAACAUCAGGAACCCGUGUACAGUGUUGCCUUCAGCCCAGACGGCAGAUACUUGGCCAGUGGCUCCUUUGACAAGUGUGUCCAUAUCUGGAACACGCAGACUGGUUCUUUAGUUCAUAGCUACAGGGGAACAGGAGGCAUCUUUGAGGUUUGUUGGAAUGCCACAGGGGACAAAGUGGGCGCAAGUGCAUCAGACGGAUCGGUGUGUGUAUUAGACCUGCGGAAAUAACACUGCUUGUUGGAAGCCAUGGACCGACUAUGAAUGUGUACAUAGCCAAAAUUGACUGUCCCUGCCUCGUUUACUGCUGCGGUCCCAUCGGAACCAUGGCCGACCACUACAGCCAAAACAAGCAGAAUGAAGAAGAGAAGAGGGCGCGCUCCUACCCUGUUGUCCACGCUGGGGACACCACCCACUGACGCAAAACCGAUGUUAUGUGUCGACUUGGAAACGGAGGAAUAAGGACCCGUAUACAUGUACCAAAAUCUGAAAGAUUUCUUUUGGUUAGCCAAACCAAGGAUUUUUAUUCUUUAUUGGUAGAUCACUAUGUGUGUGACAUAUCUGCUUCACAUGUGGCAGGAGGAUUUUUUCCUUUCUAAACGUUUUUUUUUUUUUUUUUUUUUUUUUUUUUU